CAAUUAAUCAAGAUCCGCAUCAGAUAACCGUCAUGGAGAAUCAUGGAGCGCGCUGGGCUGCGGCGUUCGGGCUGCAGGGCGACGCUCUCGUGGCACAACGUGAGCGCUACGAGCGCCUAAAGCAGCACAUGGUAUUCCAGAUUGACGCAGCCGGCAUUACUGACCCGCUGACUGUCUUGGCGACCGCCAAUGGCUCGACUUCUAACAGUUCUUCAAGUUGGAGCCAGUAUUUCACGGACGAGACCCUGCUGGAAGAGAUCAACACGGACCUGGAGCGACUGUAUCCUGCAGGCAACGAAAGUUUCUUCCAGAACGAGUUGUACUUAAGCACGCUGCGCCACGUGUUGUUCGUCUGGUGCCGUCUACAUCCAGACGUAGCCUACCGCCAAGGUAUGCACGACGUUGCAGCCGUAGUACUCUACGCCUUCUUGUACACUACCAAGGAUGGUAACACAGAGGGAGACUCAGCCAAAAAGCUACCGGAACAUGCAGAAGCAGACACUUUCUUGGUGUUUGAGGCCGUCAUGCUGUUCCUUAAGCCGUUCUACGAGAUUGUCAAGACGAGACACGGCACUUCAUGUGAGAAUGAAGACAGUAAUCGACUGUUUGCCAGUUUCUCACUAAAGGGGAAUGAGAACGACAAUGGAGUAAAUACUAAGGGAGCACAAAAGAAGCAGCCAGCGUUGCACCAAUUGUGUCAUCAUAUCCAGUAUGAACUGCUGCAGCAGAAGGACCCGCAACUGUACUACCAUUUGCAGAACUUGGAGAUUGUUCCAGAGACGUAUUGUUUGAGGUGGAUCCGACUGCUGUUCGCGCGUGAGUAUGCGUUGAAAGAAUUACUGUGGAUCUGGGAUGCGAUGAUUCUGGAUAAUACUCGAGCGGAUGUUAUUUUCCCGGUGAUCAAUAUGACCGACAAGUCCGAUAAUGAUUUAUUGCAGCUACCCAAGCUGAUCAGUAAAAACGAAGAUGCGAGCUGGAUUGGCUUCCCGCUCCUCCGGUAUAUCUGCGUAGCGAGACUGCUGCAAUUGUCCUCUCAGUUACGCCAGUCGGACAAUACUGGCUGUCUGCGUCUCCUUAUGCGAGCGUAUCAGGAGGAAGAACUCGACGGAGAACAGAAUCGUGCUAUUGAACUUAUCAAGUUUGCCAGGAUUUUACGAGAUCCAAUGACCGAGGAAACGCAGCAGUGCGAAGAUGGCGAAAAGGAUUGUGAUGGAGAGUCUAGGUCCGUGGAAGUUGUCCAGUUUCAGGAAGGUUCUCUUGGCAUCAUCUUGACAGCAGCAGGGGCUCAAUAUGAAGAUCGUCUAGCAGUGAAGUCGUUUACUCGAGAUCCGACCGCAAUCGGUGGGGUAGGCCAAGCCAAAGCUAGUGGAAAAGUGCGUCUUGGUGACCUCCUGCAGUCGAUCAAUGGCGUUCCAAUUAUCGGUGUGACGACAGAAGAAGUAAAACGCCGUCUACAGCUCAUCGACCGCCCGGUAUACAUUGGAUUCUGCCAUUGCAGUGAUGCUUUUGGCAAUGAAAAUACUGCUGCCUCGGAUGGUUCUGAAGCUGUUGAAGUUUCUGAUGCUGCGGAAUCCUCACCGAGAUCGGACACUGCGUUAUCGGAGCUGGUUCUGCCUGUAUUUUUGCCUGGAGAGUUGUGCUACGCUAACGUGGAGACUAGUAUGCAGAGGCUGGUGCUUUCGCACGACGGAUCAUGCCUGUCCCACUAUAUCAGUGGAAAACUGUUCAUCACGAACUACCGAUGCUUCUUCACGCGUCUACUAGGUCGCGGAGAAAUUGAUUGGCAGAUCCCCGUGCUCUCUAUCGCCUCAAUUGACCGCAUCGACCCUCACGCGAGUGCAACAACAGGACCUGCGAGUCUUUCCGUGGAAAACGCGCAAGUUGCGCUUGGUUUCGCUCCAGAUGACUCAUUCAAAGUCGUGAUUCGCUGCAAAGACACACAAGUGGCACGACUGUCCAUCACAGACCAGAGCGAGUAUAGCAAACUUGUCAAGUGCUUAAGCUUCUUAGCUUUCCCGUCAAGCUUACUAGAUGCUUUUUGCUUCGCGUAUUCUCCGACUGUGGCUCCAUCCGAAGAAGUGCAAUUCGACAUUCGCCAGGAGUAUAAACGUAUCGGGUUGCUAUCUUUUCCAGAGCAUCUGCGCUGUAUCGACCAGUCCUCGCAGUAUACGCUCUGCGAGACAUACCCGCGGCAUCUUAUCGUGCCUGCAGAUAUCUCGGAUGUUCGUCUCAAAGCAGCCGCAGCGUUCCGGGCUCACCAAAGACUCCCUGUGGUGAGCUGGAUUCAUCCCAGUAAUGGAGCCACUAUCGUUCGGUCCAGUCAACCACUCGUUGGCUUGAAAUCUGCGCGCAGCGGAGAAGACGAGUUGCUUGUGACGCUGUCGUGUUGUUCAACCAACAAGAAAGCGUUCGGACGCUAUGUGAUCAUGGAUGCACGCAGCCAGCUUGCUGCCGUGGGCAAUAAGGCGCUGGGUAAAGGAACGGAGAUUUCCAGCAACUACCGUGGUGCUAAGCUGAUAUUCAUGAAUGUUGAGAACAUUCACUCUGUGAGGCAGUCACAAGUCUCGUUAGCUGCAAUUUUUGAGCCUAAGAAGAGUGCGAGUGAGGACACAUCGAGCAGCUUUUACGGACGCAUCGACAGUUCUGGUUGGUUACGUCACGUGCGACUAGUUCUAAAGGCUUCGGUGGAGUUGGCGCACACGGUACACAAUGGCAUGUCCGUGUUAACGCACUGCAGCGAUGGUUGGGAUCGUACGGCGCAGAUGGUCGCGUUGGCUGCGUUGAUGCUGGAUCCAUAUUAUCGUACUCUGCGUGGGUUCCAGGUACUCGUUGAGAAGGAAUGGUGUGCAUUCGGGCACCAGUUUGCUCUGAGAUGUGGUCAUGCUCGAAGUGACGUCUCAAAUGAGCAACGUUCGCCCGUGUUCCUGCUCUGGUUGGAUUGUGUUUGGCAAUACAUUCGCCAGUACCCGACGGAAUGCGAGUUCAACGAGAGCUUCCUCCUCGCGCUUGCAGACCACGUUUACUCGUGCAAGUUUGGCACGUUCAUGUUCGAUUGCGAACGUCAGCGGUGAGUACUUAUUACUGACCUCAGUUUCUUCAGUUGACUUGCUUCUUACAGAUUUUGUUGCUGCUAUUUUUUCAGGAAGGAUUUUUUCGCCAAGCAUCGAGUUUUCUCGAUCUGGAGCGAGAUCAACACCCAAAGCGAGCGCUUCACAAACCACAUGUACGCACCGAGCGAGCAAGCGACGGUAUUGUCUCCCAGCACGCUCUCCAAGAACAUCAAACUAUGGAAGGGCUACUUCUGCCGCUGGGACCCGACCGUUAUCCCUCCCGUUCCUGCUUUCCAAUGUUACUGAGUUGUUCAUACCUCGUAAAACAAUGCGUACUGGUGUCUUUCUUUACUGCCGUUCUUAAUUCUAAAUCUAAUUUUUUUUCAGAAUUUGAAGCAGCUGUCAUUUUGCUAUUGGCG